AUGGCCCAAGCCAUUCCCUUUAAUCCACCAACAACUCGGACUUCCCCAUUGCAGGAUAAUGCUAUCCCAUAUCACACUCGGUACUAUCGCAAGAGUGGACGACCCUCUAUGAAGGAGAAGGCCCAAGGCCAGCAAUAUCUCACCCCAGAUGAAGAGAAAGCCCUUAUCGCGUAUCUUUUACUAAUAUCUAAACUUGGACAGCCCGCCCGAAUUAACCCCCAGGCAAGAACUAGGCUCGGUCUUUUGAGAAACGCAAACCUUGGCUAA